AUGAGGGGUAAAAUAGAUUUACGUGGUACCUCGGCAGACGAGAGGACAACCAACGGCGAGCCGUUCGCGAACACCGACGCAGCUUUCCGCCUCGCCUAUGCAGUUAUAAUGCUGAACAUGGAUCAACAUAACCACAACGCGAAGAAGCUUAACGUACCCAUGAAUGUUGAGGACUUUGUCAAGAAUUUGAGAGGUUGUAACGGCUCUGGAGACUUUGAUCAGGCCAUGUUAGAAGCCGUCUUUCAUUCUAUCAAGAAUGAAGAAAUGGUAAUGCCAGCGGAACGGGUUGGUCCGGUGCGAGACGCGUACCUGUGGCGGGUGCUCCAGAGACGUGGCAACACUCCGGCUGGCAAGUACCGCGCUGCGCCCUUGUGCAAUCAGCACCAUGCUAGGCUUUUCGCCGUCGCCUGUCCACCCACAGUGACUGCGCUCUCGGCGGCAUUCGAGCGUGCAGCGGCGCCUUCAACCGAAGAGAUCGAGAGCAACAACCUCCGAGAUAGUGCCGCUCUUCUCGCCUUGAACGGGCUUGAACGUUGCGCGGCACUGGUGGCAAGGCUGCCUCCUGAGUCCCUCACGUUGGAUACAUUACUGCUCACACUGUGCAAGUUCACCGGCCUGCUUUCACCCCAGCACGUCAAUUACAUUGCUAUUGGUGUAACCCUGGGCCAAUCGGUGAAGGCGCAGCUGGCCCUUCGACGCGCCUGCGCCGUCGCGCAGCGGCACGCCGACGCCGUGCGCGACGCGUGGCGACAUCUCUUGGAGAUCGUCAGGACUUUGUACAUCGGAAGACUGCUUCCAAAGAGUUUAGUCGAAGCUGAGGAUUACUUGGCUCCGAGCGGCACGGUGUCCUUGAUGAGAGACCAAGCGCGAGGCUCGGAGGCUGGCCUGCUGUCGAGCAUUUAUUCUUACAUCGCUUUGGGGGAAACAGGUAUGCGAGCGCCAACACCGCAUGAGAAAAUCCUCAUCGACACAGCAACAGAUUGCGUGGCCAAGUGCAAUCUGCCCGGUCUGCUAGUCACCGAAACAAAAUUCUUGCAACUUGAAAGCUUGCAGAACUAG